AUGCAGGGUGAAACCAGGCUGCGACUCCAAGGCUUCUUGAAACGCCGCCUCACCGCGGCUGGUGAUGCAGAUCUUGACAUGCCCUGGCCUGGCUCGCACCCAGUCUUUCAGCGCGGUCAACAUCUGCCCGUGUUCCCCUUCAUCGAAUCGGUUUAUCCCGUCGAGCAGAAGAAAGAUCUUGCGGACCCAUAUUUUACUCGCAAUUGCACCUUGUCCCCGGCGGGAAACAGCCCGGAUGAUCUCCGGGCACGAUUGAUCAAGGCCACGGACAUGAUUAACCGCCAUUGCCACCGCCUGCUCGAGAUCCACGCGAAACAAAUAGACAGAACCAUCGUGGUUGUGUUUACCCACCGGUCCGCCUUCGAUUACCUCUCCCAGAACGCGGACCUCGUUGCCGGAUUUGCCGCCUUCCCCAAGGGGCACGAUGCGUUCGAUGCCUUGUGUCAGACGAUGCUGGCUGAUCUCUGUGCCACGUUGACACCCUCCUGCCAGGAAGAUCUCCCGUGGGUGGAUCUGCAUAUUUCUUGUCCGUGGGGGUCUACUGCGAUGGACUCGAGCAUGACGCAGUCUGCCCGCGACUUCUACAUGAUUUUCAAUGACACCGUAGCUCUGUUGGACACGUUUGUGGCGCAGCAGAUCCCUCCGCAGCGGCCGGAACGACUCUUUGGGUUUCUGGCCUCCGUGGCUCGCAUCAUCGGCGCCGCCCUGCCCGAGGAUUACGACCUCAAUCUGUGGCUGGACUGUCGGUUGGUCGGCAAGCCGCGGGCUCCCCCGCUGCUGCUCCGCAACGAGGACACCACUGACUGGACUCCAGACCCUGGUCUUCGCAGACCGAUCCGUCUGAUGUUUGCUUCCGUGUUUCCCGUCCUGGUGGCGUACAGCGGGAUUCCUUGGCGCGGCAGCGAUCUUCUUCCUCUUCUCCCAGCCGGAGAAGGCUCCGCGAGCUGGCUGACGCGAAGCGUGCCCUUCAGCGCGCUCACCCUCAACGUCAUUGGGUCGGCCCAAAGACAACUCCCCCGCGCGGCCGCGGGAUUCAUUGAGCUCCUGGGCCUGUACUGGCGACAUGGUUUGUCGCUGGACCAGCCAAGCGGCGAAGAGGUGAUUGCGGGGACGGCCCGGGACCUGACGCACUGGGAGUUCUUCCUCGUCGAGGCCCUCGGCAUGGGCACCGCGUGGCAGGAGAAGCAGCGGCUGCUGCCUCUCUUUGCCCUCUUCCUGUGGCAUGGUGGGGACCCACGGGUGGAGUUGGAGGUCCAGCUCGACGACCAGGCCUACAAGUGGGCCAGUGCGCCGCACGGCCCGCCGGUUGUUUUGGACCUCGUCCCAUCCACAGGUGGCUAUCACGACCCUCGCGUUUCUGUUGAGAAUAUCCUCACCGGUAGUCUUUCGGGUGAUUGCCCCAGUGGUCUCUCUGAUGGUUCCCCGGAUAGUCCCUUGGGUGGUCUGUUUGGUGGCCCCCCAGAUGGUUGCUCCAAUAUUCCGUUCGGUAGUCUCCCCAACGGUUGUCCUAAUUGUCUGUUUGGUGGUCCCCCCGAUGGUCCCACUAGUGUUCUGUUUGUGGGAAUGGGCAAGAAGAAGAUCGAACUGGUGUACGAUCUGGAUCAUCUUUCCGGGGCCCGCGCAAUGAAGCCGCUUCGAGAUCGGAUGGGAAAUGCGUUUUCCCUUCGUGAGCUCAUCACGGCUCUGUUCCCGGCCAAGGCGGCAGCCACCCUUCACAAGCUGGUCGAUUCGCCUCUCGCCGAUCUCUCGCCCCCAGAGCGAGCGUCAAGGAUGCAUGAGUUGGAACCAGAGGUCCGAGCCUUGUUGUGUCUCGAGACCAUUGAGGAUGCGUUUGCCAGUUGA